CACGAGUGGCAUGUGCCACUCGUUACCAGUUAUCGGUGGCAGGUGCCAUUCGCUAAGUGGCACAUGCCAGUACGUGCCAUUUCCGGACGGCGGAGUUGCCACUUCCUGCUACCAGAUGCCACUUCGGGACUGAACCCCCUCUCUGACACACUGCGCUCUUCACCAUAGACUUCCACAGAGCGGUUCUCUUGCACUCCGCUCUGUAGGGGGCAGCAAUUCACCCCAGCACUCAGCGUACCAUAGAGCUCGAGAGGAAGUGCUGCAGCUGUUUUCCGCCCUGGACGCGUUUCAUUCAUCUCUAUUUUGGGGCGAUGGCGAACAGAACAGUAAAAGAUGCGAAGAGUAUACACGGAACAAAUCCCCAAUAUCUUGUGGAGAAAAUUAUACGAACUCGAAUCUACGAGUCUAAAUACUGGAAAGAAGAGUGUUUUGGACUUACAGCUGAGCUUGUUGUGGACAAAGCAAUGGAGCUCAAGUUUGUUGGUGGAGUGUAUGGUGGAAACAUCAAGCCCACACCUUUCUUAUGUUUGACUCUGAAGAUGCUCCAGAUUCAGCCUGAGAAGGACAUCAUUGUAGAAUUCAUCAAAAAUGAAGAUUUCAAAUAUGUCCGCUUGCUUGGAGCAACGUAUAUGCGUCUGACAGGCACAUCUGUGGACUGCUAUAAGUAUUUGGAGCCCUUGUAUAAUGACUACAGAAAAAUCAAAAUCCAGAAUAGAAAUGGAGAAUUUGAGCUAAUGCAUGUGGAUGAGUUCAUCGAUGAGCUGCUUCAUGCAGAGCGAGUGUGUGACGUCAUUCUCCCAAGGCUUCAGAAGAGGCAAGUUCUGGAGGAAGCUGAGCAGUUAGAUCCUCGUAUCAGUGCCCUUGAAGAAGACCUGGAUGAGGUGGAGUCCAGUGAAGAAGAAGACGAAGAGGAGGAGAAGCCGGAGCGAGUACAGACACCGGAGCCACACAGACGCAGUUACAGAGAUAUGGACCGCCCUCGCAGGUCUCCCUCUCCACGCUACAGACGCAGCCGCUCACCUAGAAGACGAAGCAGAUCACCCAAGAGACGAAGCCCAUCCCCAAGACGUGAGCGGGACCGGGAUCGCCACCGCAGCAAGAGUCCCCGUAGACACCGCAGCAGGUCCAGAGACAGGAGGCAUCGCUCCAAAUCUCCAGGUCACCACAGAAGCCACAGGCAUCGCAGCCACUCAAAGUCUCCAGAAAGUCGAUCAAAGAAGAGCCACAAAAGGAGUCGAAGAGGAAAUGAGUGAUUUUCCCUUUUU